CCAGUCCGCCACAACAGUCAAAAUGGCCUUCCACAAGCUUGUCAAGAGCAGCGCGUACUUCAGCCGCUACCAGACCAAGUACCGCCGUCGCAGAGAGGGAAAGACCGACUACUAUGCUCGUAAGCGCCUGAUCACCCAGGCCAAGAACAAGUACAAUGCUCCCAAGUACCGUAUGGUCGUCCGCUUCACCAACCGCGACAUCAUCACCCAGAUCGUCUCCUCUGAGAUCACCGGUGACAAGGUCCUCGCUAGCGCCUACUCCCAUGAGCUCAAGCGCUAUGGAAUCACCAACGGUCUGACCAACUGGGCUGCUGCCUACGCCACUGGUCUCCUCCUCGCUCGCCGUGUCCUCAAGAAGCUCGGCCUGGACGAAGACUUCGCCGGUGUUGAGGAGGCUGACGGUGAGUUCACUCUCACUGAGGCCGCUGAGACCGACGACGGUACCCGCCGCCCCUUCAAGGCCUUCCUUGACGUUGGUCUCGCCCGUACCUCUACUGGUGCCCGUGUUUUCGGUGCCAUGAAGGGUGCUUCCGAUGGUGGUAUCUUCAUCCCCCACUCCGAGAACCGCUUCCCCGGUUUCGACCUUGAGUCCGAGGCUCUCGAUGCCGAGACUCUCCGCACCUACAUCUUCGGUGGCCACGUCGCUGAGUACAUGGAGGGUCUUGCCGACGACGAUGAGGAGCGCUUCCGUGGCCAGUUCCACAAGUACACCGACAACGGUGUUGAGGCUGGCGAUAUUGAGGACCUCUACACCGAGGCCCACAAGGCCAUCCGUGAGGACCCCUUCAAGAAGGAUGAGGAGGAGAAGAAGUCCAAGGAGGAGUGGAAGGCUGAGAGCAAGAAGUACAAGAAGGCCAAGCUGACCCGCGAGGAGAAGAAGGCUCGUGUUGAGGCCAAGAUCCGUGAGCUCUCCGGUUAAAUGGAUUACCAGACCUGAAGGCGGAAUGGAUUAUUCGUGCUUUUUAACGCAUAACUAAGUGCGAUAGUCAAAAAAACAAAAGCAAACUAAGAAAAAGUUUUCUAUACUUCUCUGCAAACAGUUGGCGUUUCCCCUUCUCAGAUAUCCUGUAGCUUGAUGAUGUUCUCACGACCAUGACCUUUUCUUCUUUUUCUUCAUAAUUAUUUUUUUUUUUUAAUCUCUUUUUAUGACUGGGAGGAUAUGUUUGUUUGUUUGUUUUUUUUUCUUAUAUCGGAGCAAUUCUUGGGUGCACUCAAUGGGAAUUUUCUUUCUUAUUAACAUGUUCAACAAAUGCUCCGGUAAAUAGCAUCAUAUCAUGUAUGUAUUGUAGGUCAGUCCGAGUGGGGGUUUCGCCUAACUUUGUCAGAAAUAUAGAAUAUUGUUUCUAUCCAUAAUCCCAGUCUCAUGCGGGAUUUAGUCCUACCCCACCAUGUCCU